AGAAGCUAUGGACGCCAUUGAUUCCGCAAUCGAUCCACUCAGAGAUUUCGCUAAGAGUAGCGUCCGUCUCGUCCAGCGCUGUCACAAACCUGAUCGCAAGGAAUUCACGAAGGUGGCUGUGCGUACGGCGAUAGGAUUUGUGGUGAUGGGAUUCGUCGGGUUCUUCGUGAAGCUCGUAUUCAUCCCAAUCAACAACAUCAUCGUUGGAUCUUCUUAGGCUAUUACUCUUUUACGAGGCUUAUGCGCCAAGGAGUAGGAAGGAAAGAGACUCCAACUUCCAAAACCUGUUGUGCAACCUCUCUCUGUUUUUCUAUGUUACAUUAUCUCCCUUGGAUUUUAUCGUUUCUUUUGCUCUCGCCUCUUGUCUACCCUAAAACACCUUCUUUUUGUAUACCAAAAACACAGUCCUCAAGAACUACGCUUUAAACACGAGAUCCGAAAUAGAACCAAAGCCAUCAUAUUAUUAUGAUAUUCCUGAAUCCUGAUGUAGCAUAGAUUCAGAUCUCAUAAUGAAAUAGAAGA